AAUGCGUGUGAGGGGAAGGGGGAGGAGGCGGGGGGGAAGCAGCUCUCCCGUCCGGCCCGCGGCAGGAAACAAAGAGCCAGGCAGGCAGCGGAGAGAGGGCGGCGGGGAGACGGGGAUGCUGCAGCCACAGAGCAGGUCUCGUAAUUGGGAAUUUAUCAACUUUUCCACUGGGGUAAUUUUACAGGAUUAUCUGCCCUGUGUUCUUCCUGCUGGUUCAUCUGGACUCUGUGGAGUUUGCUGCUAGCAAUGAAGCCUUCUGUGGGGGUUUAUUCACGCUAUUACUGAAAUGGAGCCAUUCGCAUUUGGAUUAACGCUUUACUCACUUUCCACUUGAAUCGCUUGGAUCAGUCAAUUUAUAAAAAGGAGACUACUAUGCAUCUUUUUUCUGUUUGCAUAUUGAAGUUGAACUUGGUGCAUCCUUGAUGUAUUCAGGCUGUUUACUUUGCUUGAAUGUUAGAGGAAGAACUGAAAUAUAAAGAUAGAUGAGACUAUAAUACUGCAUGGGCAGGAAUGCCCAAAGAAAAGUACGAUCCACCUGAUCCACGGAGGAUGUACACAAUUAUGUCCUCAGAGGAAGCAGCCAAUGGAAAGAAAUCAAAUUGGGCGGAGUUGGAAAUAAGUGGGAAAGUAAGAAGCUUAAGUUCAUCUUUAUGGUCACUGACCCAUUUGACAGCUUUGCAUCUCAGUGACAAUUCCUUAUCCCGUAUUCCUUCAGACAUUGCCAAGCUUCACAAUCUGGUAUAUCUGGACCUGUCCUCUAAUAAAAUCCGUAGUUUACCAGCAGAACUCGGAAACAUGGUGUCACUCAGGGAACUCCAUUUAAAUAACAACCUGUUACGGGUUCUACCAUUUGAGCUGGGGAAACUAUUUCAGUUACAGACAUUAGGUCUGAAAGGAAAUCCACUUACACAGGAUAUACUGAACCUCUACCUGGAACCGGAUGGAACACGAAGGCUCCUGAAUUAUUUGCUUGAUAAUUUGGCAGGUACUGCAAAAAGAAUUUCAACAGAACAACCACCUCCAAGAUCUUGGAUUAUGUUGCAAGAACCAGACCGAACAAGACCAACAGCCUUGUUUUCUGUCAUGUGUUACAACGUACUUUGUGAUAAAUAUGCCACCCGGCAGUUAUAUGGCUAUUGUCCAUCGUGGGCACUGAACUGGGAGUACAGAAAAAAAGCCAUUAUGCAGGAAAUCUUGAACUGCAAUGCUGACAUCAUAAGUCUCCAGGAGGUUGAAACUGAACAGUACUACAGUUUUUUCCUGACAGAACUGAAGGAGCGUGGCUAUAAUGGGUUCUUCAGUCCAAAAUCUAGAGCUAGGACAAUGUCAGAACAGGAAAGAAAACAUGUUGAUGGUUGUGCAAUAUUUUUCAAGACAGAAAAAUUCAUCUUAGUUCAGAAACAUACUGUUGAGUUCAAUCAACUAGCUAUGGCAAACUCAGAAGGGUCUGAAGCGAUGCUGAACAGAGUUAUGACAAAAGAUAACAUUGGAGUUGCUGUGUUGCUAGAGCUGCGAAAGGAAUUAAUAGAAAUGUCAUCUGGAAAGCCACAACUUGGGAUGGAGAAGCAGCUAGUUCUUGUAGCUAAUGCACAUAUGCACUGGGACCCUGAAUAUUCUGAUGUGAAGCUGGUUCAGACUAUGAUGUUCCUCUCUGAAGUAAAGAACAUUAUUGAUAAAGCCUCUCGUAACCUCAAACCUGGACUUUCGGGAGAACUUGGAACCAUUCCACUUGUACUGUGUGCAGAUCUCAAUUCUCUGCCAGAUUCUGGUGUUGUUGAAUAUUUGAGCACUGGUGGGGUGGAAACAAACCAUAAAGAUUUUAAGGAACUGAGAUACAAUGAAAGUCUUACCAACUUCAGUUGUAAUGGAAAAAAUGGAACAACGAAUGGAAGGAUUACGCAUGGUUUCAAGUUGAAGAGUGCCUAUGAGAAUGGCCUAAUGCCUUACACAAAUUACACAUUUGACUUCAAGGGUAUUAUUGACUACAUCUUCUACUCUAAACCUCAGCUAAAUAUACUUGGCAUUCUUGGACCUUUGGAUCAUCAUUGGUUAAUAGAGAACAAUAUAAGUGGCUGUCCACACCCACUCAUCCCUUCGGACCACUUCUCACUUUUUGCACAACUGGAGCUUUUGCUGCCUUUCCUGCCCCCGGUAAAUGGAAUCCAUCUCCCUGGCAGGAGGUAGUCAAGUACAACUUAGAGGGCAACCUCUGUCUAACUUGUAAAAUUGUAAAAUCUGAAUAUAGAGGAGUGAGGUAUGGCCAACAGGGAUUUUUUCUUAAUGAUCUUAAUUUUAAAUCUAAUUAUUUGAUAAAGACAUAGUAAAAGCCAGGUGCUAUCAACAGACACAAUUCUGAGCCCAAUAUACUUUAUAUACUGUUAAACAGGAAUUGGUGCAUAUGCACUUUUCUUUAAUUUGUUACAAUUAAUCAUCCUGUUUCUUCUCUAUCCAACAUAAUACAUUCAUGCCUUGAAAUAGAGAAUUGUUAUACAAUAUAUUCUCUUUGCACAGAUAUCUGUAGCACUACCUUUUUGAGGCCAGUAGUAACAUCAAGAACAUUCUUCCGUACUUCACUCCCUCCUUUUUCAGACUUGCUUGUAAAAUAUAGAAUUUGAAUUUAGCCUUUAUUGAUUGUAUAUGAACAACAGAAGACCUGAUUUAUGAGAUUUUGUACUUUAAAAAAAAUCAGAUUUGGAAAAUGAUUGUAUUGUAAACUAAGGCUAAAUUUUUAUCUGUUUUCAUGUGUUAUAAAGGCCAGCUUGUAAAAGAAGUUGCAACAGGAUUUCUCUGCUAAUGAUUUGCACUUGUUAGGGUUUUGUUAGCCCUUUUGUACUACUUUUAUUUUCAGUUGAGAACAUCGCUUUUUAAAUCUAAAUCUGUAAAAUAUUGGCAAAUUUCUUAACUAAAUAUAUGCAUUUGUCUUUUUGAUUUAAAAAGAAAAACCAUAAAGUUCUCACAGAACAGACAAGCUAAGCAGUGAAUGAUGAGUAGGUCUGUAUGGACUGAAAGUUGUUGUUGUGUGUGCAUUCUAAUAUUUUUAUCUCUGAUUUUUUAAGUAAAAUUAGGGAUGCUUGUGUACAGCUUCUUAAUUUUUAUUUUAAAUGCUAUUUGUCCUAUCUGCACUGUGCCUGCUUAAAUUUGUUCUCAACUAGCACUGCCUGUGCAUGCAGAGAAAAUCUGUACAUCCUCUUUUAUAUUUUUUAAAUAAUGUUAACUCUUGUGAAAAUUUUAUGAAGAUACUUUUGUAUAAGCUGUGGCAUCUUUAUUUCCUCUUGAAGCAUUGGAUACACACUUUUUGAACAUGUUCAGAUUAUGGGUACACAGUUCAUAGCUUCGAAUACCUAAGCACUGCUUCUUUCAGUGUCAUCGCACAGUGCUGUUUUUUUCACAAAGAAAUACUAUCAUGUGAAUCCUUUUCAGUCUAAGUGUGUUCCUCAGUCUCAGAGACUGUAUCAUUCCUUGAAGAAAAAAAUUACAUUUUCUGUUUAUGAAGCAGAGUAAAUUAGAUGCAUUUUCAGUACAGGUCCCUAAGAUAAUUCUUCAGAUCAUUUUUAAAGUGACCAAGUCAUAUUUUAAAGUGUCAAGCAAGACUGAAGUUAAAUAGUGUACCUUCAUAGUGCCAUUAGUGUCAUAAAGCCAAGUAUAAAACACCUAAUAAAUUUAACUUGGACUUAUAAGAGGGAGAAUUUAUCCACUCCUCCCUAACUAAUACACUUUCAAAAAUCAAUGUAAUUAAAUGAAAGAGAAAGGAAGCUUGGUCUAACUGCUUUUGUUUCAACUGCAGGCAGGGAAGCAAAAGGACACUGAGCAUUACGAAAAACUUCUGAAUAUUAUAAAUUUUUGUAUAGAUAAUGAGUUAGGUAAUAAUGAUUCAAAAUUUUAUGAAGAGAAAAUUGUCAGCACUUAAAUGUGCUAAAACCAUUCUGUUUUAAAAUAGAAAUAAAAUUACAAAUAGUUCUGAUCUACAAAAUGUGUGUUUUAAAUUUCAGUAGGAAAAGUCUUGAUCUUGAAUCCUUGUCUGGGACCUGAUUUUGUUGUUUUGUUUUUUAGUUGUGCAAACACCAAACAUGUCCAAUUUAUAAUCAGUACAUUGAAAUGCUGGUAGUAUUGAUGUAGUAGAUUUAAUGCUUAGUGUUGUUUUUUUUCUGUUUGUUUGUUUUUUUAUUUUGUUUUUUGUAAAGUGUGAAUAAAAGGUGUUUUACUCAUG